AUGACAAAUACUUCUUCCAAUUCUGGCUCCUCUCGGAGAGCUAAUGCCCUAAAUAGUGCAACUGCAGCACAUUUAGCAAUAUUGUCUACUUCACCUUAUUCACCACCAACUAACAUGUCUGGUUCACAUUAUUCAGCAAUGUUGUCCGCUCAAUCUAGCCAACCUCGUACAACUCUUUCGUGGUCGAAUGCUUACCCAAACAGCACCUCGACAUCAUACGCUUCCGGUUCUUCGACACGUACAACAUAUUACAACCAUCCUCUUACUUCGUCAUCGUCUCCGUUGAACAGACCUGCGUCAAUUCCACAAACAAAAUCGAAUCCUCCAGUGACUAAACUCCCAGAUUAUCUUUCCAAUACAAAUUAUGCAGAAUU